GAGAGAGAGGGAGGGAGGGAGAGAGAGAGAGAGAAACUGAGAAUUGAGUUUUUCCUAUCUCUCCGUGGGUCAUUUAUAUUAAAACACACUUGGAAGCAAAGGAAGAAGUCGAAGGAGCAACGGCCAUCAUAACGCGGACCAGCAGUGUACACAUUUCUCCACAGGGGGAAGAAAAGAACCCAGGAAGUGGGAGAAAGAUAAACUGAGAGACUCGAAGGAACGCAGCCCAAGUUCGACCGGCGGGGCGAUUUUGAGUUGAGGGUGGGAAAAAAGGCCGAAUCAAAGUGACGAAUCCACUGUGGGAAAAGAUGCCGAGGGUAGUUCCGGACCAGAGGAGCAAGUUUGAGAAUGAGGAGUUUUUCCGCAAGUUGAGCAGGGAGUGUGAGAUUAAAUACACCGGCUUCAGGGACCGACCGCACGAGGAAAGGCAAGCCCGCUUCCAGAACGCCUGUAGGGAUGGACGGUCAGAAAUAGCCUUUGUAGCCACAGGCACCAACCUCUCCCUCCAGUUCUUUCCAGCCAACCUGCAUGGAGAUCAGAGGCAGGUUCCUACCAGGGAGUAUGUUGACUUUGAGAGAGAGACAGGAAAGGUCCAUUUAAAGGCUCCAAUGAUCUUGAAUGGGGUGUGUGUGAUUUGGAGAGGAUGGAUUGACCUACAGAGGCUGGAUGGGAUGGGAUUACUGGAAUAUGACGAUGAGAGGGCACAGCAUGAAGAUGCUCUGGCCCAAGCAGCUUUUGAAGAGGCUCGACGCAGAACCAGAGAUUUUGAGGAGCGUGAGCGAUCACACAGAGAGGACCUAGAGGACCCUGUGGUUUCUAAAAUCUGGGACUGAUGACAGAGAGGCAGCAGAAAACAACAGGUCCAGACGACAGUACGACUCCCGCCCUGGCUCCAACAUGGCCUGCACUGAUGUGGCCCACAAGAUGUGCUGAGGAAAAUGAAGAGUAAAGGAAAGAGAGGAGGAGGGCGAGGGAUGUUAUCCUUUCACUUUCCAUACAAUCAGCUGAAAAGUCACCAUUAUUUACAAAUACAGUGGUACCUCGGUUUUCAGGUCUUCGAAGACUGAAUUGGAUUUUUCCCAUAAGAAAUUUAAAAAAUCUUUUAUCAACACAAGUACAUUUUAUACAGCAUAAUCAUAGUUUUAUAUGCACAAAACAUUGCAAAAUACACACAAUGAGUGAAACAGAUAAAUUAACUAUUUAACAUCACUUUUUACCUUUUACACUUUUGCCAUGAGUUCUUUUUUCAUACCUUGCUAUUUACCGUGUUUCUCACCUUCUUUAUCAAAGCGCUGGCACUUCAGUCAUACCCAAGAAUCCAUGGAUAAACUGACAGUGCUUUACAGCACAAUACGUCACACUGUCGUCGUGACUCUGCGACUACACAGCAGUAUGCUACAACUCCCAACUUUCUUUGGCCCCGUGGUGGAUUAUUUCACCAAAGAAAAGCCAGAUUUACUAGUUUAUGUGCAUUGUUCGGCCAAUACCUGAGACAGUAUAUAAGAAUAGGGACACAUUUUUGUCAAUAUCUUUUGUUGAAGUGAGGCUUAUAAAAAUUGAGGUACCACUGUAGUUUAUCAAAAUGAUAUACUUUAUCAAAGUAUUGGAGUAUGGGUCAUUGAUUUAAUUGAAAGUGAACUGUAUCAGAUUUCCUUUUUAAUUAUUGACUGGUUUGACGAAACCCUUUUAAACAUGACAAAUUGAUUGAAUUUUAUUUAACAUAAAUUUUGUAUUGAGUCAUUUAAAAGGUUGCCGCUGGUUUAGUAUAUGUGGAUUAAUAAGUAUUUUGAUUACUGUUUUUUUAGAAAAUGGAAAGAGCUGGUUUUAUCGCUUAUUAUGCGAUGAUAACAAACAUAUUGAAAAGUCGGGGCUUCCUAUAACUGCUGUGUUGUCUGAUCACUCCAAACCUGCUGUUUUCUGAGACCGAUGUUGACUUUGCUGGAAAGAAAAGGAGGUGGAAGUUAGUCAUGCCAAAUAAGAGAUAGUGUUUGCUAAUUUUAUUGGUGAGACAUCUUUAUAUUAAAACAUAUACUCGGUCAUGGAUAAUGUAUUGCGAGAAUCAAUCAACACAUAGAAACCAGAAGGAGGGCGUUUAAAACAUGUCCAUCAAUAUUUUUUUUCAAAGUUGUGUGUGAUACAAUCAGUCACAUUUAUUAUAUGAAUAUUUACAUUGAACAAAAUAGAGGGCUAUAUAUUUAAGUAUUAAUGAUACCUGUAAACCCUCCCAUUUUCCCCAGGAAACUACUUUGAUUUGCCCUUAUUUCUUGUCAUGCACCCAUUUAAAAAGUUUAGCAAAAUUUCCCAUGUUAUUUUCCCCUUUGAAACAUAGCGGGAUCUGAACAGUAUUGCUCGUUUGCAUCAAAACUGUUUUUUUCUCACUAUGAUAGAGCGAAACCAUCCUUGCCCAGGCACAACCUCCUGGUUUUGGACUAUAAAUAUUUGGCGUUUUGGCACCAACCGCUAGACUAGAUCUCACCAAUUUAAGUCUAUGAGCACAAAAGGAUGAAGCCUACUCGGCCUUCGAAGACAAACCAAACAGUCCAGUUGUGAUCGAUUGAAUGCCCUGAGAUUACAAUGACUUGGAUGAAUUAGAACUUUCAUAGAUAUUGACCAGAACUGCCCAAAUUUUCUGGAAAAUGUCCCUUAUUUUCAGAUGCAAAUGUUAAAGUUAUGGUCUAUUUAUCUUUGGAAUACUGCAUCCUUCCAGAACUCAGAUUAUUAGGUGUGCCGAAGUCACAUUACAUAAUUGCAUUUAUAUUCCCCUAUUUUUGGUCAGUCAUGCAGGUAUUCAUCAUCAUUUAAAGAUUGUAAGAGCGUGAAAAAUUAUUUCGUUUUACGGCACUAGUGUUAUGACAUGUGUUACAUAAUUAUCUUGGUUUGUGUGUGUGCGUGCGUGCGUGCGUGAAAGUCAUGAUGUUUACUUUUUAUAUUCUCACUGCUUAAUAUUUUCAUUUGUGUUCAUUUUCCUGCUUUGUCCACAAUUAAUAGUAGUGUUUCCUAUUAAAUCAGGUCAAGUUGAAAUUCAUAAAACACCAAAAAAGUUUUAGAUUUCUUAGUUUCUUGUGUUUUAUUGUAAGUGUGUCUUGCAUGUGGAUUAUCCAAAGCUCUGUCAUGAGGUGUCAUAAAUGUUUUGUACAUUUUAAA